AUGGCAAAGAGCAUUCCACACCGCCCCCUUCUUCUUCCCCUCCUCUACAGAUAUUCUUAUUCUAUUAACAAAAGUGAAAAAGCAUUUGGUGUACGUUCUUGCUUACUUCUUGAAUUGACAGCUAUAAUGAUGAAUGGAGAAACCAUAAAUGAUUCAGGAGGAGAAAUCAGGUUUAGUUUUGGCUAUCAAUGCAGCUGCAAGAACGAUGAUUCUCGUGACAAAUCAAACACUAUAGACAUCCCAUCAGCAAUCAAACUCCGAAGAUCUAACCGUUCCUUUGCUCGCCUGUCUGGGGCUGCAAUAAGUGCCAAUGCUACAUUAGCCAAUACAAAUAUAUGCAAUGGGUUGAUUGGGGCAGAAAUACUGCCGACUUUGGACUCUCCAAAUUCAUUCCGGAGGAUCCCAUCUUCACCGACGAUCUCAAAGCUCGAUUUUCCAUCAUCGUCUCUCCAGAUUAGCUUGUCAAACUUGAGUUGUAGUCCGUCCUCUCCAACUGACACACUGGAUUAUGAUUCCUUUUCACCUAGGUCUACGAGUGCACCUUCACGAAGUGACAGUUUCCUCAAUGCAAUGGAAGUACAAGUAGCAGGUGGUGCAGCUGGUGAAGAUAGAGUUCAAGCUGUUUGUUCUGAAGAGAAUGGUUGGCUCUUUUGUGCCAUCUAUGAUGGAUUCAAUGGUCGAGAUGCUGCUGAUUUUCUGGCUGGAACAUUGUACGAAACAAUUGGAUUUUACCUUAAUUUAUUAGAGUGGGAACUCGAGCAGGAGUGCAUUAAAGCUUCUGACUGUAUUAACUAUGAUAAAUCCCUUAAUUGUAUUCUAAAAGAUGGUAAUUGUGUGUAUCAUACGCCUACCUGUGUGAAAGUGGAUAGAUCUUGUGGUCUGUUUAAGCAGAGGGUUCUUAACAGCCUUGAACGGGCUCUUAGUAAAUCCGAGAAUGAUUUUCUAUACAUGGUGGAACAGGAAAUGGAGGACCGUCCCGAUUUAGUAUCUGUCGGAUCUUGUGUGGUACUCGUUUUACUCCAUGGGAAGGACUUGUAUGUGCUGAAUGUUGGUGAUAGUCGAGCUGUAUUGGCAAAAUAUGAUGAAGUCAUUGAUAUGAAUGGAAUAGAAGGGCUGCAAGCUGUCCAACUCACUGAUAGUCAUACUGUUGACAAUGACAAAGAGAGAAAACAACUUCUACACGAUCAUCCAGACGACCCUUAUACAGUUGUUGCUGGAAAAGUCAAAGGAAAACUGAAGGUUACCCGGGCUCUUGGAGUUGGUUACUUGAAAAAGAAAAACUUGAACGAUGCUUUGAUGGGUAUCCUUGGAGUCCAUAAUCUCACGAGUCCUCCAUAUGUAUCUGUGCAACCAUCACUCUAUGUACAUGAAAUUUCAGAUUCUGAUUACUUUGUUGUACUUGGGAGUGAUGGUUUGUUCGACUUCUUUAGCAAUGAUGAAGUUGUGAAACUUGUGCAUUCUUAUAUUCUGAGAAACCCUUCUGGCGAUCCAGCCAAGUUUCUAGUCGAGCAGCUUGUAGUAAGAGCAGCAGAUUCUGCAGGAUUCAGCAUGGAACAGCUGAUGAGUGUUCCAGCUGGUCGGAGACGGAAAUAUCAUGACGAUGUAACAGUGAUAGUGAUAGUUCUUGGCACGAACAAGCGCACCUCAAAGGCGUCAACAUGUUUAUGA